UUGUUGUUUUUUAUUUCGAAGUGAGCGGACGUACUGUUAUUUUGCGCUAAAAUCCGGAGAAAAUAAAUAAUUGAAAAUAAACAACAACAACAGAGAAUGAAAGAGAGUAAUGGAAUGUUUUAAAUAAUUGAAGAAAUUGAAACAUUUAAAUAUUAUACGCGUGUGUUUUAUUUGAUGGUGAUACACUUUUUUUUGCAGUACUGUGUUUAUGUUAUUAGUGUGAAAACAAUUGAAAGAAAAGCGAAAAAGUAGAAGAAAAGUGUAUUCCUAGGAAUCAAAGGAUCUAGGAGCCAUCCCCCCAAAAGGCGCACUACGCGUGCCAUGCGUGACCUCGGCACCAAAAUGGCCGAGCUAAAAUUUGAGGCUCCAUUGGCAAAAUUCGAGGAGACCGACGAUUGGGGUGGCUGUGAUUUCAUUUCCAAUCAGAAUGCCCUAAACGAUACGCUAAAUUUGAAUUUAAAGGACGGCGGAAAGGUGGAAACGGCAGCCAACAAUAAGUUGCGCUUGCUCGAGGAUGCAGUGCGAGAUGCCCAUGUGAGCAAGAAUGGCGGAGCAGGAGCAGGAACUGGAAGUGGCUCAAUUAGCCCCAAUUGCAAUAGCAUGGGCGGCGGCACAGAUUUGGGUAUAUCCGAUGUGGGCCUGGUGCCGGGCGAUGGUGCUGGCGGAGCUGCUGCUGGUUCAGCUCGCUCUGGUAGUGAUCAUGUGGAUAAUUUUACCGAAACAUUUGGAGGCAGCUUAGAGGAUUUGGUUAACACAUUCGAUGAGAAAAUUACCAAAUGCUUUGGCAACUAUGAGGAAAAUGUCGAGGAACUGGCUCCGGUACAGGUGCGCAGCCAGGAGGAGAUAAUGAAUGAAUGCCAAAUGUGGUGGACCAUUACUGGCAAUUUUGGCAAUAUUUUACCCAUAGAUUGGUCCAAGUCGUAUACACGUCAAAUGCACAUGCCCACAUUAAAUCUUGGCCAGAGUCUCACAAAGCAACAGCAACAGCAACGCAAUCAGCAGCAACAACAGCAACAACAACAGCAGCAUUAUCAACAGCAACACCAACAACAACAACAACAUAAUGCACAAACUCCCAGCGAUGAGUUCAACGAUUUGACCAGCGAGGAUGAGGCAGUGGCCAAUGAUUUGGAUAUGCAUGCUCUUAUCUUGAAUGGCCUCAAUAAUACUGAUAUGGAUGAUCAGCCGAUUAAGACAGUCGAAGAGGUUAUCAAAGAAAUCGAUGAUAUUAUGGAUGAGGUCGAGAGUCCUCUAGAUGAGCCCGAGACCUGUGAUUCAGAGGUCAUAGAAAAGGCACGCGAAGUGCUUGGUACACCGCUCUAUGCAGAAAAACUGCAAUAUUUAACAACUACACAGUUAAACGAAUUGUAUAUGGAAAUGGAGGUGCUUAUCCAGGAAUUAAGCGAGACCCUAAUCAAUGAGCUGGCGCUGCGCGAUGAGCUUGAAUUUGAGAAAGAGCUAAAGAACUCUUUCAUUUCCCUGCUGCUGGCAGUUCAAAAUAAACGUAGACAAUAUCACGUGGAAAAGAAGCGUGGCAAGUUUCAAGGUCCCGAACCCAAAUAUUUGACCACUGUCAUUCCGUAUCAUCUGGAGAAUGGUACGCCCAAUAAUCAGUCAUUGCAGAUUCUGAUUAAAAUACUCAAAGCCAUUAAUGAGGAUAGUCCCACGGUUCCUGCCUUGCUGACGGAUUACAUUCUCAAGGUUCUCUGCCCCACAUAAAUGACAUAAGCUGCCCCUCAUGUUGAUGCUGCAAAACAAACAACAAAAACCAACAAAUAAAAUAAAAACCCUAAAAAUAAAAA